AGGGCUGGUGAGGUCUCCUGUCUCCGAGAAGGACGAGUGUCCGUCUGUCCCUCGUCCUGCCGCCUCCCGCCGUGCCCAGCCCGUGGUGCUGGGCGGUGAUGUCAGCCGCGGGCAAGGGGAAGCGUGGGAGGAGACUGCGGCCCGGGGGGAGCCCUGCCGGCCCCGGGCCCCGCACGCAGCGCUGCAGGCAGACGGACAGACGGACAGGCAUGAGAGAGCCACGGGCCGCCCAGCCGCCGAGCCCAGCCCGGGGGCGACGCUCUGCCCGCCAUGAACGGCAAGCCCAGAGGGAGGCCCUGCAGGUCGCCCUCGACGAUGUCGCUGUCCGUGCGCCCGCAGCGUCGCGCCCUGGUGCCCAGGAUCAGUAGGAGCCAAUCCUUCGCCGGAGUCAACUGCGCCCCCGAGCGGCCGCUCAGGAACCUCUCACCCUUCACCCCCACUGUGUCCCGCAAGGCUGGCUCCAGGGUCAGUAGGAUGUUCUCCAUGUCCCACAAGUCCCCACCCCCCAAGGUGCCUCAGCCCAACCGCCUGGACGAGGUCUACGAAGCGCUCAAGAAGGGCCUGACAGCCUACCUGGAGGUGCACCAGCUGGAACUGGAGAAGCUCAGCACCCAGAUCCGUGAGUCCAAGCGGAACUCGCGCCUGGGCUUUCUCUACGACCUGGACAAGCAAGUGAAGGCUAUCGAACGCUUCCUGCGGCGCCUGGAGUUCCAUGCCAGCAAGAUCGAUGAGCUGUACGAGGCCUACUGCAUCCAGCGGCGGCUGCGGGACGGCGCCCACAACAUGGUUCGGGCAUACAGCAGCGGCUCCCCGGGCAGCCGCGAGGCGCGAGACAGCCUGGCCGAGGCCAGCCGCGGCUACAAGGAGUACACAGAGAACAUGUGUGUGCUGGAGAGCGAGCUGGAGAGCCAGCUGGGCGAGUUCCACGUGCGCAUGAAAGGACUGGCAGGCUUCGCCCGGCUCUGUGCUGGUGACCAGUACGAGAUCUUCAUGAAGUAUGGGCGGCAGCGGUGGAAGCUGCGUGGCCGCAUCGAGGUGAACAGCAAGCAGGUGUGGGACAGUGAGGAGAUGGUUUUCCUGCCCCUCGUCACGGAGUUCCUGUCCAUCAAGGUGACAGAGCUCAAGAGCCUGGCCAACCAUGUUGUGGUGGGCAACGUGUCCUGUGAGACCAAGGACCUCUUUGCAGCCCUGCCCCAGGUUGUGGCUGUGGAUAUCAAUGACCUGGGCACCCUCAAACUCAGCCUGGAGGUGACCUGGAACCCCUUCGACAAAGACGACCAGCCCUCGGCCGCCAGCUCUGUCAACAAGGCCUGCACGGUGAGCAAGAGGUUCUCCACCUACAACCAGAGCCCCCCGGACACGCCCUCGCUGCGGGAGCAGGCGUUCUACAGCCCGGGGCGGGCAUCUGCCAAGCACGGGUGGUCCUUGGUGGACAUCUGUCGGGAGACACUCUUGGAGAAGCUGUCUCAGAGCUGCUCCUGCGGCGACGUCUCCUCGGCCGAGCUCGGGCGGUGGCCGCGGCAGGGCCGCAACAUGCUGCGGCGCCAGGAGGAGCUGGAGAACGGCACGGCCUGGUCCAUCUCCUCCGAGUCCUCCGACGACUCCUCCAGCCCGCAGCUGUCGGGCAGUGCCCGCCAUGCCGCGCACCGCCCACUGGUGCAGCCCGAGCUGCAGGCCUCCGCCCCUGCCAUCGACAUCUCCUUCUGCCAGCAGCCGGAGGAGCCCGGCCCUGCCGCCAGCGCCGCCCCCCAGCCCGGCUGCCAGCCCCAGGAGCUGGACCCCCUGCGGAAGGAGGCGGUGGCCAACGGGCACGUGCCCUACUGCCGGACUCUCAGCCACAUCAGCGAGGCCAGCGUGGAUGCCACCACGGAGGCCAAGGCUGCGGAGAGCCCCUGGGAGGCCGCUCCCAGCCCGGAGGACACGGGAGUGUGCGAGCAGGACACGGACACCCUCCCCGGUGCCUCAGUGGCAGCCCCCGCAGCAGGGCAGGACAGAGGGGCUGAGGCCAAGCCUCGAGCCGCCGCAGCCUGGGCUGUGGAAGAGGCUGAGGUGGCUGAGCCGGCGCAGGGCCAGGCGCUGGCACAGGGUGGCUGUGGCACCACAGUCCCCACAGUGUUGGCACGAGCUCCGACGGAGGAGAGGCCAAUCCUUGCCCUACCGCUGCCUGCCAGUGUCCCCGAGGUGCCGCGGGCAAAGGUGGUAGACUCAGGUCUAGAGGAGGCCAUCAGCCUCCUGGGCUCAGCCCUGGACGACUACCGGGGGCAGUUCCCGGAGCUGCAGCCCCUGGAACGAGAGCUCAAGCACCUGGAGGAGAUGCUGCUGCACAAGCAGGGCAUCUUCCUCAGCCGCGCCUCCAGCAUCAGCCUGACGGUGGAGCAUGCCCUGGAGAGCUUCAGCUUCCUCAACACCUCUGACAUGGAGGACUCGGAGGGCUCCGAGGAGGAGCCUCUUCAAGACGAGAGGAAGGCUGGCAGGCCCCGGCACAGCAGCAGAGCCCCCAGUGCUGGGGAGGCCGGGGCGGAGGACGCCGGCAUGGGCAGCGGCUCCGAGGCCAGCACCGACCCCAUGAGCACCGGCAACGAGUUCCUGGAUAAGGCCCUGGUGCUGCACCUCAACAGCUGCAAUCGCCUGCUGCUGAAGCUGGGCACCUUCGGUCCGCUGCGGUGCCAGGAGAUGUAUGCCCUGGACAGGCUGCUGCGGGAGGCGCAGGUGCUGGAGGUGGCGUGCCAGCUGCUGGCCGAGCGCGCUGGCGUUGCCAGCUCCGCUGCUGAUGUGGUGCAGUUCUCCACGCGCAAGGAGGGAGUCCUGUCCCUGUGGGACCGCUGUGUGGAGGUGCCCAACAUCUACACCUGUCCUGUGGAGCGCUUCCUGCAGGUGCUCAGCGCCCAGUACACAGCACCCAUCAGCGAGCGGCACCCCGGCCUGGCUGAUGCUGUGUGUGUGAAGCUGGUGGAGGACAUCCUGAACCGGCGGCUGCCACGCCGGCCUGGCGGUGCCCAGGGCGAGCAGGUCACCAUCUUCCAGUACUGGAGCCACUUCGAGUCGCUCGGUGCCCUGGUGCUGGACACCUACAUGAUGGAGCUGGCAGAGGAAGCGCUGCUGGCACAGAACCUCAACUCAGACGAGCAGGAUGUGGUGCUGCGUGCCCUGAAGCGUGUGCCCGAGGGCCGCCUGAAGAGGGAGGCCCUGAAGGCCCUGAGCCUGCUCCUGGUGGAGGGCAACAGCAAGGUGGUGAGCGCCGUGUCCGGGCAGCUGCGCAGCCUGGCAGACAGCCCUCGCUUCCGCCAGCGGGCUCUCGUGUGCUACCUGGAGCAGCUGGAGGAUGAGGAGGUGCAGACGCGCGUGGCAGGGUGCGUGGCGCUGGGCUGCCUGAAGGCCAAGGAGAGCAUCGAGCAGUUGGUUUACCUGUGCCAAACCGACAAAGAGCCUGUACGGGAGGCAGCCAAGCAGAGCCUGAUGCUGUGUGGGGAGGACGGCAGAUCGGCUCACCGGCGGCUGGAGGAGACCCUGGACAGCCUCCCGCGCAUCUUCGCCCCAGCCAGCAUGGCCAGCACAGCUUUCUGAGCCCACGGCGCCAGAGCCACCUGCAGGGCAAAGGCGGCGCCGCCCGCCCGGCCUGGCUGCCACUGGAGCCCCGGCAGCCCCCGCAGCGCCCCCGGCCCCGGCCGCACGCUCACUGCCUUACGGAGCUCCCACCGCGGGCCCCCGCCCCACUAGCCGCCCCCUACGCGCUCCUGGGCGUCAGGAGGGGACCCCCUGCACACCCCCCACCCUCCUACUGCUAUUGACCCCACCCGGGGGAGCACAGCCCCUCCUGCCCGCCCCGGCGGGGGAGUCCUGGCGGAGCUCUCCGGGCAGGACCUGCACUUUGGGAACCACCACCACGGCUGCUGCCCAGGAGCUGCCCGGGCCGGGGGGCAGCUGCCCUGUGCCAUCUGGAGCACCCAGGACUGAGAUCCAAGGAGAGAUGAGAUGUUAUUAAUAUAUUCUGUUGGCCUGCUCCUGUCCCCUCCCCGCUGUGGGGAGCAGGACGAGAUGCGGGGCCCCUCCUCGCCUCCGGAGCCUUGUGCGGCCUGGAAGGACAAGAAGGGGCAGGAGGAAGGGCAGAGGGACAGACAGAGAGAAGCUGCCACCUUGGUUUGUGUCUGGUUUUGUGGUUUUUAUUGACAGAUUUUUUUGCAGACAAGCAAAAGCAAACCCAAGUCCUCUUCUGCCCUGUCUGGGUCUCUGCCUGGUGUCAGUGCAGAGCGAGCUGCUUCUGAUCUUCCACCAGAAAUAAAAAGCCAACCUUUACGGAGGGCCACGGCUGGUUCUGCUGCCCCACUGCCCAGGGUGGGCAGGCUGGCACAGGGAGGGUCCCAUGGGCCACAACUGUGAUGUCUGGCAUCACCCAGCCAGCAGUUAGCUCCUGCUGCUGGAGGCUGGGCAGCUCUCAGUCACAGAAUCCUUCUGGUUCUCUAAGGUCACCAAGCCCAACCCUGGUGCAGGGCUCAUCACUGAGCCACAAGAGAUCAGAGCCUCAGGACAGCUGAGGUGGGGAAGGGACCUUUGGAAGUGCUCAUCCAUGCCA